ACCUGCAUCCCCGCGGGGUAGGCGAGCGGGCGGCGGUCUUUGCGUGCGCUGCGCUCCGGCCGGCGGCUGCGGGCGGACACGGGGCCAGGCCGGCGCAGGGGCUGAGUUUCUGCAAAGUUUGACCUGGUUGCCUUUCCGAUGCUGCACCAGAGCGAGGCAACGCGGGGCGCGCCAGGCGGCUGCGGCGCGGCGGCGGGGCUGAGCGGCUACAGCACGCUCACAAUGAUCAUAAAAUAAAGCAGGCGCGCGGGGUGGGGGCGAGAGAGCCCCGAGCCUCACCCCUCCGCCCCCGGCCACCCCCCAGCAGCCCCGAGCUAGGAGGACGUGGGGGCCGGGGGCGCCCACGCCGGCCCCAGACCCCAGUAGAGCUAAAGGACACUGCUUGGGGAAGGGGGGGGGCGCCCCGAGGACGUGCCCGCGGCGGGUUCAGGGCGUCCGGAGGGCGGCAGCCCGGGCACGCGGAGCGGGCCGAGGGGCAGGUCCUCGGCGGCCGCGGCGAACCAGGCGGCGGCCCGAGCGCAGCCCUGGGGCUCCGCACGGCGGCGGGCGGCGACAGCGACAGCGGCGAGGGGACGCGGCGUGCCCGCGAGUGGGCGCCGACGGGGAUCCGCGCCGCGCUCCUCGGGGGCCCCGCGGGAGCCGGGCGCUCGACUCCUGGAAGCCACCGAGGGCGCCUGGACCUCGGCGGACUGAACAGAAACUGCUCUUCCAUUGAUUCGGCCGGACUGGGCGAGCGGCCGGGUGCGUGUGCCCCGAGCGCGUGCGGAAGGCAGAAGGGCAGGAAGUCGGUCUUCUGCAGCGAGGGUGGCGGCACCGCGCAGGCGACGGAGCCUUCCUUAUUUAUGUGCCUGCCGGCAUUUGCCUUCUUCGCCCCAAGACUUCAGGGAGCGUCUCUGAGCUGCGUUCCCCGCGUGUGAGGCACGGAAGGAAGGGCUGGAUGUCUGAACAACAUGAUUAUCCAUUAACCUCCAAACUUUUCUUUUUUUAACCCAAAGAAUAUCGGUGAUUUUUGUCCACUGCUAGCAGAAGAAGAGAGAACCCAGGGCCCUUGAAAUGCAGCAAAAUCCUUAUUUAUAAUCAGGCCCGAGGUAGUGAUAUGCAAACCCCCUCUACUCAGUGAAUUUUCUAUCCUAUGGAUAUCAGUCUUGAGAUUUGAGAUUGGAGAGCUGUCCUGUCUGCACUGGGUCCGGCAGCCUCCAUCCUUUCAAUGCCCGAUCUUCUCUGGGACUGCUGGUCUUCCCUGGAGAUCAGAGCCGUACUGUGUGCCAUGGGCUGUAUUCAGAGCAUCGGGGGCAAAGCCAGAGUCUUCCGGGAAGGCAUCACGGUGAUCGAUGUCAAGGCCUCUAUCGAUCCCAUCCCCACCAGCAUCGAUGAGUCCUCCAGCGUGGUGCUCCGCUACCGGACACCCCACUUCCGUGCCUCGGCCCAGGUGGUCAUGCCGCCCAUCCCCAAGAAGGAGACCUGGAUAGUUGGCUGGAUUCAGGCGUGCAGCCACAUGGAGUUCUACAACCAGUAUGGGGAGCAGGGCAUGUCCAGCUGGGAGCUCCCGGACCUCCAGGACGGCAAGAUUGAGGCCAUCAGCGACUCGGAUGGGGUGAACUACCCCUGGUACGGCAACACCACGGAGACCUGCACCAUCGUGGGCCCCACCAAGAGAGACUCCAAGUUCAUCAUCAGCAUGAAUGACAACUUUUACCCCAGCGUCACGUGGGCCGUGCCCGUCAGCGAGAGCAACGUGGCCAAGCUGACCAACAUCUACCGGGACCAGAGCUUCAUCACGUGGCUGGUAGCCACCAACACCUCGACCAACGACAUGAUCAUUUUGCAGACACUGCACUGGCGCAUGCAGCUCAGCAUCGAGGUGAACCCCAGCCGGCCCCUGGGCCAGCGCGCCCGGCUGCGGGAGCCCAUUGCCCAGGACCAGCCCAAAAUCCUGAGCAAGAAUGAGCCCAUCCCGCCCAGCGCCCUGGUCAAGCCCAAUGCCAACGACGCUCAGGUCCUCAUGUGGCGGCCCAAGUACGGGCAGGCGCUGGUGGUGAUCCCGCCCAAGCACCGGUGACAGCCAGGGCGCCCGCGAGGUGACACCCAAGUAACAACACCACGCAAACAACCCGCACGGACUCUGCAGUCGUUCAGCAAAAUACAACCUUUCUACCUUCUCCAGCGGGCGGAUCUCACUGUGCGAACGCCCGCGGAUGGCCCCCCCCCGCCCUCCUGGGACCUGCUUCCCUGGGGGAGGGGGGAGACCGAGGCGGGACCGACCACUCCACGUGCGCCCUCAGUGUCACCUUGGGUCUCCUUUCCUCUCCUCGCAAUUUCCGUCAUUCACUUGCAACAGACUCCCUGAAACAACUGCUUUUUCCGUUCCUUUUUUUUUUUUUUUUUUUUUUAACGCCUCUUUACGAGGCUCAGGGGUGGGACGAGGGGCAGCUGGUGAUGAGCCUGGUGGCAUGGCACCGGGGCUGAUCCGCGGCGGCCCCUCCCGGGGCAGCUCCCCCUCGUCCUCCGUCACGCGGCCUUAUGUAGACUUGCUUUGCCAAACUUUUGCCUUAAGCUGAUUUUAAAGGAAAAAACCGGAAACAAAGAGAGCAGGAUGUCUUUUCUGCUGGACUUUGCAUCUUCCGCCAGAGGUGAGGGAGGAGGGGGUUGGGCUACAGAUUUAGAUCUAAAACCGGCUGCUCAUUCUUCCGUUUUAGCUGAGCCGAAACCACAGGCAGAUUCUGCCCCCAAAGUCCCUUCUCUCCACCCCAGGUAGAACCCUUACCCUACUCCGUGCCUGCAGAGACAAGCUGUGAGCUCGGGCUCAGGGUAGAUCUUCCAGGGGCUUCUCUCUCCUCUCUCCUCUGCAGCCGGAACUUGCCUUGGGUGGGCCUAGGAGGAGAGAGGGAGGGUCCCGUGAGUUAUAGGUUGAGCCCAGGGAAUUCCCACCGUCUCGGUCCUCAGCGCCCAUCGCCAGCUGGCUCUGUCGGCACAUCUCAGUGGGCAGCUUUUCUGUUUCCAUGCACACUGUCCCAAACGCCUGGAGGGCCAGCCACCUUACCCAGCUGUAGUUCAAAGGUAAGAAGGCCUGCCCUUGCCGCCCAGCACCUUCUCGGGGACGCCCCUCCCAGGCUCUCCGGGGGGGCGCCUGCAGACAGGCUCCAAGCACCACGGUGCUGCAGGUGAGGGCACCCACAGAUGGGCAUACCUGGACCUGGUAAGGCUGGGGAGGCGGGAGGCAAGAGGCAGAACCCCUGCUGCCAGUCCUUACAGAAGCGAGCCAGCGCCCACGGCCAGGGUGAUGAAGUGAGCCUGGGGUUGAGGCUGGUCCUUGAGGUCACCCUCCGUCGGGUCCUGGGCCCUCUGGAGCCCCAGGACCUGGUCCUGAGUGUCGCCAAGCUUUUUUAGCCAUGUCUGCCUUGAAGGCUGCUUGCAGGAGCUGAGGGGACACCCUGCUGAGGCCCCCUUCCUCCAAGCUUGACAAACCCACAGCUACAUCGCCUGGGUUCCUCAUUCAGACCGAUAAUAAUCAAGCUCAGAAAACUGUCAGAUGAGAAGAAUAAUCCAUUUCUGCUGCAGAUGAGCUGUUUGUAGGAGUCCCAGUGACAGCGUGGGUGGGCGGGGUUCACUAAGUCCAUGCUCUGCUCCUCUAUCCACGGGAUAUUGUAUUUAUUCAAGGGGUGCUUAACGUCCAGCCAUCUCCCGAGCCUGCUCCUGAUGGGAGGCGUGCAGCUCUCCUGGAACCUCUGGACGGGAAACAGCUUUGUGUGGCCGGCUGCCGGCCUGGUGCUUGGGGAACCCCUGUCAGGACUGGGACCUUCCCCCUGGAAAGUGCCAGUUCCCCUUGGUGUGUUCGGAGGGAGGCCUGCCACCCAGAGAGGCCAUAGCCUCAAGUGAGGGGGAUGAUGGGUCCCAGCUCCCCCUCUGGGGACAGGCUGCAGAGGGGUCAGGGUGGCAGUGGCCGGCUGCCGCGGACGGGACCUGGCCUCCUGAUGGCACGGCCCUUCUCUGCACUCAGGUCUUUCUUGCACUACAAAGGAGAAAGGGCCCUGGGCGAGGGGUCAGGGACCGGAGUGCUGGUUCUGGGCUGGGUCAUCGCUAAGGCGCUCUUACUAGGGUAGGGGUGGGAGUAGGAACCAACAGUAAGUGGUGGUCCUGAGCUGUCUGGGGGCAGAGUCCCCCAAGCCCACGCUUCCUGAGUGUGAGCAGGCCCUGGGCAGGGGCCUACGGCUGGGCCCACUUGGAGGAGCACUGCUGCUCGGCCCCGCCCCUCACUGCCCGGCCCCUUGCUCUCUGCCCCUCCUGGCCUUUCUGAAGACAGGGCUGGGAGGACCCUGGGGAGGCUGCAGGUCCCGCUAAGGAAGCUCGGCUCAGCUUGGGUCUGCUCCCUCGGCUUCUCAUGUCAGGAACGCAGAGCCCAGGCUUCUCACCUGGGUCCCCGAUCCCUUUGGUGUCCCCUCCCCGGCGUGGACACAUUCCUCCAGCAAUAAGGACCGUCUGGGGUCGUGGAGAGUACUGUGAAAACAGACCAAUGCACUCACCAGGAGGCACAAGACUCUUGAAGAAAAUGUAAAAUGAACCUUUUUAAAACAACAACAAAUAUGCACAAAGAGAAAUAAAAUGUAAUUUUAAAG